ACGGGCAGAAUCGCAAGACGAGCUACAUUUUCUACUCUUUUCCUCCUGAUUCUUCGACUUAUCUGUUUGAUAUUGCUUUCUUUUUGAGUAAACCCUCCCCUACAAAGUUAUCAGGAUGAAUCGACCCUAUCAUGGAUCAGGAGGCUACGUUGGUCUCGGUUACCCACCACCAAACACCUUUGCUGUCAGUAACAACACCAACAGCAACGACCUCGCUUCCAAGUUAUCCCGAGUGUUUGUAGGAAACCUCAAUCCAAAAGAAGUGACCGACAGAAUGCAGCUAUACCAUAUAUUCAUUAAGUAUGGUAACGUCAAGGCUAUCUCAUUGCAUAAGGGAUAUGCGUUUGUCCAGUACGAUACAGAAGCGGAGGCUCGCUUUGCAGUAGCGGAGGAGAAUGGCAACCUCUUUGGAACACAGAAGUUUGAUCUUUGUGUCUCUACCGAGAGGAAUAAGAGUGGUGGGGGAGGUGGUGGAUUCAAGCGAUAUGACAGCGAUUUUGAUGGUGGGUAUCAGACCGCACAGGCUAAGAAGAGGAGAUUUCAGGAUAAUACAUUGAUGGACAAGAAGAGUGGUGAUGAACCCACAACAUGGAUCUGCUCCUACUGUAAGCACGUAUCUGUUUCAGCUUGGGAAUUGAUGAAGCAUGCUGCUGCUAUUCAUCAAACACAGAUCUAUGACCUCAAUGGGGCCAAACCAGAAGGAGAAUAAAUAGAUGCACUUCAUUGUAAUGGUCAUUCAAACAGGUUGAACAUGUAGGUUGAAUCCAAAAAUAGUCAUUGAAUCAAUUCCCAAAGUCCAUUGGGAUGUCCCAAUAUUCAUCCAGAGACCGGAGGGUGUGGGAAUGGGUGAAUUCGUCGCUUGAGGGAAAUGUCCACCAAACUUUCACUCUAACCGUGAUAGCUGAAUUCUUUAAUUUCCAUAGCUUACACGAAGACCCCUCGUUUCUAAUUAAAGGGUACAAGUUGAUUCAUCUUACAGUGAUACAAAGACAAUGUUGACAUGUGGAAUUGGAUUCAUAGAUUGCCAUAUACUUACAAAUAAAAAACAAACACAUACCUUGUAUAAUUCUGUGUGCUAUUGAUUUGGAAUACAAGUAACUAAAAAUUGUCUUAUUGUCACGACUAUGGAGCAGGGAUGUAGUUUAGGGUACGUGUAUAGAGUCACAACAGA